CCGCACGCACGCACGCACACGCUCCCCUCGGCAAGCCGCUGCGGUUGCCGGGCGCCUGUCACUCCGGCCCUGCUUUUUUUUGCUCUCUCUCUCUUUGUUGGAUGCAGCUGCUUGGUUAGCUCGGCCCGUCGUCUAGCAUCCGGCCCUGCUGCCCCGGCCAGGCCGCGACCGCGAUUGGACGCCGGCCGGCCGGCCGGCCUCGCUCGCAGGCCUUUUUAACAGGACCUCGCCGUGAGCUCUCGGCGGCGGCGGCGGCGGCGGCGGAAUAUACAUAUAGAUACAUCUAACCAUAUAGCUAGGUGGGAUAUAUAGAUCAUGGGGCGGCAGCCGUGCUGCGACAAGCUGGGGGUGAAGCGGGGGCCGUGGACGGCUGAGGAGGACCGGAAGCUCAUCAGCUUCAUCCUGAGCAACGGCCAUUGCUGCUGGCGCGCGGUGCCGAAGCUGGCCGGCCUGCUGCGCUGCGGCAAGAGCUGCCGCCUGCGCUGGACCAACUACCUCCGCCCGGACCUCAAGCGCGGCCUCCUCACCGACGCCGAGGAGCAGGUCGUCAUCGACCUCCACGCCAAGCUCGGCAACAGAUGGUCAAAGAUUGCUGCCAAACUACCAGGAAGGACUGAUAACGAGAUCAAGAACCACUGGAACACCCACAUCAAGAAGAAGCUGAUCAAGAUGGGCAUCGACCCGGUCACGCACGAGCCCCUCGACCGGAAGACCAGCAACAGCCCGGCCACAACCUCGCAGUCCGUCGUCACGGCCGAUUCAACCAAGUCCGACGAGGCGACCAAGCAGCAGAGCCCGCAAAGCGACGCCGUCGGGGACGUGUUGGCCGACGGUUCCAGCCCGACGGAAUCGAGCGCGACGAACACCACCGUCAGCACGGGCGGAAGCAUCAGCAGCAGCCACGACCAGGACCCGCUGGUGAAGUGGCUCCUGGAAGUGGACCCGCCCACCGGCGACGAGCCGUGGCUCAACUUCACCGGCAGUGUCGAGGUGGACGGCGAGUUCAGCAGCAUCGCCGCCGGUCCGGAGUUGCCGUGGGACGGCGCCACCGACUGGCUGCUCGACUACCAAGAUUUUGGAUUGGGGGACUUGGGCUUGGUCGAUGGCUACAUGAUCAACAGCUCAAACGGAGCAAAUUAAGUUCUAUUAGCUAGCUACAUGCCGGUGAAGAUGACGAUGAUGCAUCAGCUUUGUGUUGCUACCAGUGUAGAUAAGUAAUAAAAAAACAAGCAUAUGGAGGUUGUGAAAGGUGAAAUGACCAGAUCGAAGGGCUCUCUCUCCUAGCUUGAUCGAUCCAACCAACGGUUGUGAUGCAUAUUUGAUGGGGGUGUGGUAGAGACGAUUAGAGAGAGGUGUGUAGAUUUAGCUGUGUUACUUUUUUUUCUCCCUUUGAGGUCAAGGGAUUUGUGUUUCUUCUCAAAGAGAAGUGGUAGAACUUCUUGCUGUGUAGUUAUAUUUUGGUAAUUUGGUGUAUAUAUAUGUGUGUAUUAUUGUACGUUAAGUUUCACUACUACACCGCCUUGCUAGGCAUUCUUGUCUACGAACUGCAUGAAUUACUAAUUAAUGAGCAAAUAAAGAUGUGUGUUCGUUCCCGAA